CACACAUGCACAGCGACUCACCCUCUUACCAAAAGCAGAGGAGAACCUGCUGUUGUUUUCCUUCCAGGCCUGUUAUGUGGUAAAUGAAAGAAAAAAACAACAACAACAUGGCCUACUCUUGACCUUUAUGCUGUUUGACCUUCGGAUGACCUGUGACACAAAUCGCCAUGACAACGGAAAUGCAAGAGAUCACCAUCACGGAAGACAAGCCGCUGCUCACUGGUCAGGCCGACUCCAGCAAGGAUGCUGAGCUGGCAGCCAGGAUCCUCCUGGACCAGGGUCAGGAGCACAGCGUGGAGACCCCUCACGGCGUCUUGCACGUGACGCUGCACGGCACGCGCAACAGCCGUCGGCCCGCCAUCCUCACCUUCCACGACGUCGGUCUGGACAGCAAGAGCUGCUUCUUGCCGUUAUUCAAGUUUGAGGAGAUGCAAGAGAUCGUGAAGAGUUUUACACUGAUCCACAUCGACGCUCCGGGCCAAGAGGACGGGGCGGCCGUUUACCCGGCGGGCUAUCAGUACCCAUCCAUGGAGACCAUCGCAGAGAUGAUUCCUGCCGUUUUGCAGUACUUCAACUUCCGUACCGUGAUCGGAGUGGGUGUGGGCGCCGGGGCGUACAUCUUGAGCAAAUUCACGCUCGCUAACCCAGAUUCUGUGGAGGGUUUAGUUCUGGUCAACAUUGACACAAACGCUCGAGGGUGGAUGGACUGGGCGGCUCAAAAGCUCAGCUCUGUGACCUCUUCGCUCACUGAACAGAUCAUGACGCACCUCUUCAGCCAGGAGGAGCUGUCAUCCAACACAGAUGUGGUGCAGUCUCAUAGAGAGCGCAUCAACAAAGCGCCUCACCUGCUCAACAUAGAACUCUUUUGGAAAUCCUACAACAGCCGCAGAGAUUUGAACCUGGACCGCAGUAGCACCUUCAAGUGUCCCGUCAUGUUGGUGGUGGGGGACCAAGCGCCGUACGAGGAUGCCGCCGUGGAAUGUAACAGCAAACUGGAUCCCACCACCACCUCCUUCCUCAAGAUGGCGGACGCCGGCGGCCUGCCUCAGCUCACUCAGCCUGCCAAACUCACCGAGGCGUUCAAGUACUUCAUCCAGGGAAUGGGCUACAUGGCUUCCUCUUGCAUGACCCGCCUGUCCCGCUCGCGCACCACCUCGCUGUCAUCUUCGUACUCCAUGGAAGGCUCGCGCUCGCGCUCUCGCACGCUGUCCCAGGGCUCGCAGGGUGGGCAGAUGCCGCCCAGCCCUUCGCAGACCAUGGAGGUGUCCUGCUGAAGAGAAGGCGGGCGCAGACGGGGGGCGGGAAAGAAAGCCAAGAGAGAUGGAAAAAGGUCCAGACCAACGAGUGGCUGUCAUUGUCACUACAACUCCCGUCGUUCGCCGGCUAGGCAGAAAAAAAAGGCGAAAAGGGGGAAACAUCUGUCGUCUAAAUCCUUGCAUCCCCGCUGUCCAAAAGGAAAGAUUUGUUGUGAAUAGAGGGAGGUGGGCACAACAUGGCGCCCCCAGCUCUGUUGGUAGCCCUUUCAUUUAGCACAUGUGGUCGCUAGAGGCCCUAACUCCUAGUAAUAGUCCUAAAAAGAAGCUGACAACUGAUGUACACAAAAGGUAGCCUAGAGCAGACAUCAUGUGUCUUGACAACCUUUCCCAGCUUCGUUUUCUUUUCCACUCCUUAGCCCAUUUUACGUAUUAGUACUGUUGUCAGGUCGUUACGUCUUCCAGCCUUUGUUUGACGCUUUGUUGUGUUAGCAUCCCAGAAGACGGAUGGGGGAGCUUUUCUUUAUUUUUUUUCAUCUUGGGCCUUCAUAAGGAGGCUCGUCCAUCCAAUGACAGCUUGUAAUAUGCGAGUGCGAGCGGCGUCAGAGGUUAAAACGUAAAGACACCGCUAACUCGACAAGUGCUUCCGUUCCCCCGCGCAGUGAUGUCGCUACGUAGCAUGCUAGCGCGUUCAGAAGUGAUCACUGUGUUAACUUCGGGAUUUUAAACUCUCUAAACCUCAGAUACCUCCUAACAAAAUCCAGCCACCACACUUGAGUUCAUGUGCGAUCAACACAGCCGCCAUCUUGCUCAGACAGGGUCGGAGCGCUAAAAUGUCACUGCCAGCAAUGCGACGAGACACUUUGAAAAUGUGAACAAUCAUCAGUUUGUCGUCUCAAUUGGUUCUACUUUUGAAUUCUCUCUUACAUGCAGCUGGAAUCAAAAUAUCUGCAGUGUUUUGAAUCUUCCAAAAAUUUAGCGGGGGAAGAAACUCACUGAAAAGCUAAAUCACUGCCAGCAGGUCCAUUAGCUGUGUUUUCAACAUACAGGGACUGAAUCUGACACAAUUUGUGUUGGUACUUGAACAUAAAGGUAUGCUUUGGAGAAAAAGUACAACGUUAAGUGUCCACCAAAGGGAGUGAAGAAUUAAAGGGAAAAUGGGCAGCUCUCACGUGAGGAUUCAAAAAAUGGAUGUGUGACGUUUUAUCCAUUUUCUUUCCGAGUUGUCUCAUCUUUAUGUGGAUUGUUCCUCAAAUGCUCACUGUGUGAUAAUUCACUUGUAACUUUUGUUUUUCGGCCUUAGGCAAUGUUCAUGUAAUAAACUUUCAAAAGAAACUGCAAUCCCAUUUACUUGUGUGACAAAAUAAGUGUGUAACAUAAUGAGAUAUUAUGAAUAAAACCUUGCCAAACAUC